AUGACCACGACAUUCAUGCCCAUGACGAUGGAGUCGUUCCUGUUAGGAGGGAUUCCCACCAUCACCACCAAGACUGUGUCCGUACCUUACACCAUAAAGAGCUUUGAGAGACGAACUCGGCCUCACGCCUUCUUGGUUUUCGCCGUGUGUCGCACGUCGGGAGUGAGGAAGAGCGCUCCGGUCAAUUAUGGUGGAAGAAAUGAGACUUUAGAGGACAAAAUGAAAACGAGAAAAGGCAAAAAACUGAAGGUGCUGAAGCAGAUUCCUCUGGGUGACCUUCGACCCGACGAGACGGUUAGAGCCACUCAGGAGGCCCAGCUGCUGUCUCAGCUGCACCACCCAGCGGUACUGACCUUCUACCACAGCUUCCUGGAGAGAGACGCCUUCUGCAUAAUCACAGAGUACUGCCAGGAUCGGGACCUGGACUGUAAGAUGGAAGAGGUGAGACGAGCUGGGCGGAGUCUCCCUGAAAGCCAGGUCAUUGAUUGGCUCAUCCAGCUCCUGCUCGGCCUUCGCUACAUACAUGACAGACGCUAUGUUCACAUUCAGUUUAACAGCAGAUCAGUCAUCAGGAUGAUGCUUCUCCUGUUUCCAGGUGACUUUGGUGUUUCCUGCCUGCUGAUGCGAUCAUGUGACCUGGCGACCACCUUCACAGGGACUCCGUACUACAUGAGCCCAGAGGUGCUGAGACACCAGGGCUACGACUGCAAAUCUGACAUCUGGGCUCUGGGCUGCCUCCUCUACCAGAUGUGCUGCCUGACUCACGCCUUCCAGGCUCCAAACUUCCUGUCUGUGGUGAUGAAGAUCGUGGAGGGAGACACCCCAGCGCUGCCAGCUGCCUACUCUCCAGAUCUGAACUCUGUCAUGCGGAGCAUGCUGCAGAAACAACCAACAUCCAGACCGACGGCGGCUGAGAUGCUCAAGAGCAGAUUCAUGGAGGAGAACAUGCAGAAAAUGAAGGACAGGUUUGUCUUCAUCUCGUCAGAGGGAGGAAAGAGCGAUGCUGCAGCCAUCGCUAAGCACAUGCAAGUCUUCAUCAUCAUCAGCUGUCUUUUCCUUCAUCGUCCUGCUGAUGCACAGUCUGCACUAAACGGCUCCUGGGAUGUGACGGUUGGAUCUCCUGCUGACUGUUUGGUGUUUGUCCUCUUCAGUCUCAGAAACCUUUGGUUGCUCCUGACUCGUGUAAACUUUACCGGCAUGACUGAGAGCAGCUUCACAUUUCGUCUUUGCUCUGAUUGCUUCAAAACGAUCAAGCAGAUGAAGGUUCACCUGCAGACGCUAAGGGACAGGUCAGAGGUGGAGAAGAUGACCCCCAGAGAAAGGAUGAGACUCUGCAAACUGCAGGCUGCCGACGAGAAGGCCAGGAGACUCAGGAAACUGGCUGAGGACAAGUACGAGGAGGUCCACACCCACAGGAGGGAACUGAGGAGCCGCCAUUUUGAAAAAGUCAGUGUGGAUGUUCUGAAUUCGUGUCGCACGUCUUUGUGGUUGCUCGACAUUCUUCUUCCUCUGUGGUGGUUGUUGUUGUUGCUGUACGUGUGUGCAGACAUCCCCGAGGAUCCUCAGGCUGCAGAAGUUUAUUACAAUCAGGACGGGUUUGACUCGUGCUCAGAGGACGAUGAGCCAGCGUCACCUGCAGAGACUCUGUACCUGUCUGACCCACAGGUCAGUGAGCUUGAGGCCAUGAUGAAGCACAUGCAGGAAGUUCUGGACGAGGAGCUGAGUGGUCCCUGUGUCACAGUCUGGGUUUGGAGGUUUCCCAGAAGAAAAUGGGCUGCUGACAGAUGUAAGAGGGUGAAGGUGUCAGAGAGACUCAGAACACAAGAGGUGAUCGUGGUCUUCAGGUGGACUAGCUCCCGUUUGAUGAAGAAGAGCUGCAGAGACUCAGGAAGCAACAGCAGGAUGCGCUGCCUACUCGUCUCUCACAGAAACUCUCUGGAGAUGUUAUAUCUUAUCAGUAUAUCAUCAAAUGGCAACUGAAUUUGUGUUUCCAUCCUUUCGA